AAUUGGACAAAACUUCCAGCCCAAUGAAACUUCCGUCAAGCCCAGUGAUGGCUGCUGCUAUGUCAGGGAGCGCAGCUGCCAGCAGUGAAAGCUCGGAGACGGAGCUCGGUGUCGCCUCCCGUCCGCUUCUUCACAACUACGACCUCGCCGCGGAGCACGUAAACUGGAUGCCCGGAGACCGGUGGCGUGCUGAAACGGAGCCCGGCGGAGAGGACGCGGCGCCGGGGCGGAGGGUCGACGAGAACCUGCCACCGCUGAGCCCCGAGGAGAUAGAGAGUCGUUUGGACAGAACUCGACGGGAGUUUUACAACCGCAGAAAAAUCCUCAUUAAAAACCUGCCCGCUGAUGUCACAAACCAGGAGGUCCAUGAGUUGUUGGGGAACUAUGACUUGAAGUACUGCUUUGUGGACAAGUACAAGGGUACAGCCUUUGUGACUCUACUCAAUGGGGAGCAGGCACAGUGUGCCAUCAAAGAGUUCCACCAGCAUGUUUUACGGGACCGGGAGAUCUCUGUGUGGCUGCAGCCGACUGACUCACUGUUGUGUAUUGCCAACCUGCCUAUCACUUUCACGCACCAGCAGUUUGAAGAGUUGGUGAGGCCGUUUGGCAACCUGGAACGCUGCUUUUUGGUGUAUAGUGCCACAACUGGUCAUUCCAAGGGCUAUGGUUUUGUGGAAUACAUGAAGAAGGACUCGGCGGCCCGAGCCAAGUCAGAGCUCCUCGGUAAGCAGCUUGGGUCCCGCAUGCUGUACGUGCACUGGACUGAGGCGGGUUCUCUCACGUAUCCUUUGCUGCAUUCCAAAUGCCUCUGCGUUGACCAACUACCUCCAAGCCUAGUGACUGCCCAAGACCUCUGCAGUGCGCUGGCUGACACCCCUGCACCAGUCUUCUGCCAGUUGGCUCAAGGGCAGGAUGGAAGUUUUCGACGGUUUGCUGUGUUGGAGUUUGCCACAGCAGAGAUGGCCGAGGAGGCACAGCGACUCAGUGAUGGCAGGCUACUGGGUUGCGCACACAUCAGGGUGUCUUUUUGUGCCCCUGGACCCCCUGGAAGAAGCAUGUUGGCUGCUCUCAUUGCUGCCCAGACCAUGGCUGUCAAUCGAGGGAAAGGUCUCCUCCCUGAUCCCACAGCCAUACAGAUUUUAACAGGCCUCAGUAACCCGGCCACCGUCAAGAUGCUGCUCAGCCCGCUGUCACAAGGACCCAGACAAGGUCUUCUUGGAGCAGCCCCAACAAUGCCACUGCUUACCAACCCGGCCCUCUCUGCCACCUUGCUCCAGCUACUCCUUCAGAACCAGCAGCAAGCCCAGCAGCAAGCCUUUCUGGGAAAUCAUCUUCUGUGGGCUCAGGUGCUACACAAUAAAGAAACUCCUCUCGUGCCUUGUGCAGGGCUCAUUAGGGAGAACCCUCUGGCUGCUCUGCCUGUCCCACAGGGAGGCCAUCUGCUCAGAGACCUGCCCCAAGGUGUUGUCCCAGGUCUUGGUCCUCAGACAGAUCCCCUACCUCCACUGAAGCCACUUGGCAGAGGUCUGAGUAGAGAGCAGGAGUCUCCCACACCAGUGUGCACUUUCCCCCGAAAUUCCUCUCCCACCCUGCAGGGCAUCUCUCUGCCAUUGAUGGGUGGCAUGAUGGGGGCAGAUGGCCUCAAAUCACAAGGGGUCUCGCUUUUUGGAGAUCCUCUUAAAGACAUGAGUCCUCUUCUCAAUGGCAACAGUGUUUUCCCAUCAGGAGCAAACUGUAGACCCCACCCUUACCGGAAGAGGCCCACACUGAGUAAUGGCUCUAUCCAACACGCACAUCAGGUCCCGCGGUCAAAUUACAACAUGUGCUACCAGGAGUCCUACAGUCCAGAAUUUCCUCUAAACCAGGAUCUCCAAGCCCAUGCGUAUGAACAGAACCAUGACACUGGAGUGGUGUCAGGAUUUGGACAGCAGUUCUCUCACCAGCCUCAAUACAGUGAGCGGUUUUCUCACUACGGUUAUACUCACAGCCCACCAAUGUCCUCAUACUUCAGCUCAGGGCCCGAUACCAGCAAGACGGGUAGCUUCCAUACCACCAACCUCAACAGGGCUGUGGGAAUGCCACCAGUGAGUCAUUCCACUGGGUACCCUUCAGGUCUAGAGAGUGCUGUGAAGACUCCCGUCAGUUGCCAGAAGCGCAUGUUCUCUCACUUGAUCCCGUCUCCAGAGCCGAGCCCUGAAGGGGGCUAUGUGGGCCAGCAUUCCCAAGGUCUUGGGGGCCAUUAUGCCGACUCCUAUCUGAAACGCAAACGCAUUUUGUAACUACAGCAAGUUUGUUUCCAUUCAAUAUUGGAAAAACUCCUCCAGUGGACGUUGGAGGGUGGUGGCC